CCCCCAAUUUCCCCGCUCCUUCCUCGCCUGCCCUGCGGUCGCUGCUCGCGGGAACCAGCACAGCAGCGCCCAAGACCCCGUCACCCCCGCCACCCCCCACCGCCACCGGACCACACACCCCACGCGCGCGCGCGCGCGCCUGAUUGGUGCUUGUCCGACCGGCUGACCUGACCCCGAGGUCGAGGGAGGACCGGACCCGGAGCAGGCUGCAGCUGCAGUUGCAGUUGCAGUUGCCUGGCAGUGGAGGGGAGGGCCGGUGCGUGGGAGGGGGAUGGAGAGCUACCUGGAGGAGCGGUUCGGGGGCGUCCAGCCCAAGAACUCCUCCGAGGAGGCGCUCCGCCGGUGGCGCCGCCUCUGCAGCGUCGUCAAGAACCCCAAGCGACGGUUCCGCUUCACCGCCAACCUCGAGAAGCGCGGCGAGGCGGAGGCCAUCAAGCACGCCAACCACGAGAAGCUGCGUGUCGCCGUGUUGGUCUCCAAGGCUGCGCUGCAGUUUAUACAGGGUCUCUCACUUCGGAGCGAGUAUGUUGUCCCUGAGGAAGUCAAGGCCGCGGGGUUUCAGAUCUGUGCCGACGAGCUCGGGUCCAUUGUCGAGGGCCAUGAUAGUAAAAAGCUCAUCAUCCACGGUGGAGUUAAUGGAAUUGCGGAGAAACUCGCGACAUCGAAAACAGACGGGCUAAGUACAGAUGAGGACAGCAUUAAGCGCAGGCAGGACAUAUAUGGGAUAAACAAGUUCACGGAAAGUGAGAUCCGAAGUUUCUGGGUGUUUGUAUGGGAAGCUCUUCAAGAUACCACUCUUAUAAUUCUUGCUGUCUGCGCGUUCGUAUCGCUGGUUGUUGGCAUUGCGAUGGAAGGGUGGCCAAAAGGUGCUCAUGACGGUCUUGGGAUUGUUGCCAGUAUCCUCUUGGUUGUGUUUGUGACUGCAACAAGUGACUAUCGGCAGUCACUGCAGUUCAAGGACCUGGACAAGGAGAAAAAGAAAAUCCAAGUACAGGUUACAAGGAAUGGCUUUAGGCAAAGGCUAUCGAUAUAUGAUCUUCUUCCUGGAGAUGUUGUCCAUUUAGCAAUUGGGGAUCAGGUCCCUGCAGAUGGGCUCUUCAUUUCAGGAUUCUCUCUAUUGAUUAAUGAAUCUAGUCUAACUGGUGAGAGCGAACCUGUUGCUGUAAGUGAAGAUAAUCCUUUUCUUUUGUCAGGGACCAAAGUGCAAGAUGGGUCUUGCAAGAUGCUAGUCACAACAGUUGGCAUGCGCACUCAAUGGGGAAAACUAAUGGCCACUCUAAGUGAAGGUGGGGAUGACGAAACCCCACUGCAGGUCAAACUUAAUGGAGUUGCGACUAUUAUUGGUCAGAUUGGACUAUUUUUUGCUGUUAUAACUUUCAUUGUCCUUUCCCAAGGGCUAUUCAGCAAGAAAUACCAUGAGGGGCUGCUUUUAAGCUGGUCAGGAGAUGAAGCACUAGAGUUGCUGGAGCAUUUUGCUAUUGCAGUUACCAUUGUUGUUGUUGCUGUUCCUGAGGGUUUGCCAUUAGCAGUCACGCUGAGCCUUGCUUUUGCCAUGAAGAAAAUGAUGAAUGACAAGGCACUGGUUCGUAACUUGGCUGCUUGUGAAACUAUGGGCUCAGCUACUACCAUCUGCAGUGACAAGACAGGAACGCUGACAACCAAUCAUAUGACUGUUGUUAAGGCCUGCAUCUGUGGAAAUAUCAAGGAAGUUAACGGUUCUCAGAACGCAUCAAAGUUAUGUUCUGAACUCCCAGAGAUUGUUGUCAAAACUCUUCUGGAGUCUAUAUUUAACAAUACAGGUGGCGAGGUUGUAUUUAACCAGGAUGGGAAAUAUCAGAUCCUGGGCACCCCCACAGAGACUGCUUUAUUGGAGUUUGCAUUGGCACUAGGUGGAGAUUUUAAGGCAAAACGUGAUGAAACUAAGAUUGUGAAAGUGGAACCUUUUAAUUCAACAAAAAAGAGGAUGGGUGUUAUUCUUGAGCUUCCUGGAGGAGGACACCGUGCACACUGUAAAGGUGCUUCAGAAAUAGUCUUGGCUGCCUGUGAUAAGUUCCUAGAUGAGACAGGUAGUGUUCAUCCUCUGGAUCAAGCAACCGCUGACAAGCUCAAUGGUGUUAUUGAUAGUUUUGCUGGUGAAGCUCUUAGGACGUUGUGCCUUGCUUAUAGGGAAAUGGAAGAAGGUUUUUCCAUCAUGGAGCAUAUACCAUUACAAGGCUACACAUGCAUUGGAAUAGUAGGUAUCAAAGAUCCUGUCCGUCCAGGUGUGAGGGAGUCUGUUGCUACUUGCCGGGCUGCUGGAAUUAUGGUGAGAAUGGUCACAGGAGAUAACAUAAAUACAGCAAAGGCAAUUGCUCGUGAAUGCGGUAUACUUACUGAAGAUGGCAUAGCUAUUGAAGGACCAGAAUUCAGAGAGAAAAGCCUAGAUGAACUCCUUAAGCUGGUUCCAAAAAUCCAGGUAAUGGCCCGAUCAUCACCACUCGACAAGCAUACACUUGUAAAGCAUUUGCGCACAACAUUCAACGAUGUUGUUGCUGUUACUGGUGAUGGCACAAAUGAUGCUCCUGCAUUGCAUGAAGCAGAUAUUGGACUUGCAAUGGGCAUUGCGGGGACUGAGGUUGCAAAAGAGAGUGCUGAUGUUAUAAUUCUGGAUGACAACUUCUCUACAAUCGUAACUGUUGCCAAGUGGGGACGCUCUGUUUACAUCAAUAUUCAAAAGUUUGUGCAGUUUCAACUGACCGUCAAUGUUGUGGCACUAUUGGUUAACUUUUCCUCAGCUUGCUUUACAGGAAAUGCACCACUGACAGCUGUUCAGCUUCUUUGGGUCAACAUGAUCAUGGACACCCUUGGCGCCCUUGCACUGGCCACGGAACCACCUAACGAUGACCUGAUGAAGAGAGAGCCUGUAGGAAGGACAGGGAAAUUCAUUACAAAUGUAAUGUGGAGGAACAUUUUGGGAAUGUCUUUCUACCAAUUUUUCGUUAUGUGGUACCUCCAGACGCAAGGGAAAAACUUUUUUGGGCUUGAAGGCUCUGAUACCGAUGUUGUGCUAAACACAAUAAUUUUCAACUCAUUCGUCUUCUGCCAGGUGUUCAACGAGAUAAGCUCUCGGGAGAUGGAAAAAAUCAACGUGCUCAAGGGCAUGAUGAAGAACUACGUCUUCAUGGCCGUCCUCACCAGCACAGUCAUCUUCCAAUUCAUCAUGGUGCAAUUCCUGGGCGAGUUCGCCAACACGAGGCCUCUCACGGUGCACCAGUGGAUUGCCAGCGUGCUCCUGGGUCUUGCAGGGAUGCCCAUAGCUGUAGCCAUCAAGCUGAUUCCUGUUGGCUCGUCAUGAUCAUUGAAGAUCCUUAUCUACAAAGCACAGAUAUAUUGAGACUGACCAAAUUGCAUGAUAUUCUGUGGAGC